AUGGCUCGAGUUAGCACGUUCGACAUGCACCACAGGACGAACCUCAUCUAUCCUUGCCUGGACCUCGCUGUUUACGUGGACGAGACAGCCAAGAUGCUGAUCUAUGGCGUGCACAACUCUGCCAUGCGAUAUGAACCGCUCCCUUUGAUCGAACAUGCUGCUGUCGCUGCCCAUGCGGAUAGGACUAGCAAAGAAGAAACAAGCUACUAUAGUAUUACGAGCGCCACGCGUGGUAUGCAGGUGAACGCAUUGGAUCGACCGCAUCCCGGCUUGUCCGCGGCUGAGCUUGUCGAAGAUAUGGCACUGAUCACCAACACUGUUGGUGAGAAUAGUUUGAAGCUACUGGCGGUGGCGACGGAGGAGGGUUACAAGCUGAUCGUCGAAAGGACGACCGACCACAAGUCCCCGGCGGGCAAUUUCAGGUCUGAAGGCGUACACGAUUUCAACAGCGCUGGGUGCCGAACCCACUUCGACAUGAACUACAAUGAUACCAGCACACGUCCACAUCACCUUUCCUGCGACGCUCGCCAUAUCGUCUGCUGGGAGUGCCUCCUCAAGUGGUGCACCGAAAAAGGACCUACGGCGGCGAGCUGUCCACAUUGCCGUAGCAAGGUCUUCCAAGACUCCGCAAUUGUUGAGUCUCCGAUCUUUGGCACAGUGAACGACGGCAAGGCUUACAUCUAUGACAAGAGGUUUACCGCGUACGAGAAUGCGGAACGAGUUAUGGCCGACAUCGACCGCGAGCUGCCGAGUACAACAACAACCCAAUCACCGUUGACCAUGCGGCACUCAUGGACGUCUUCCAGUGGCUGCAAGUCAGCAAGGUUGGAGUCGGAGGACAGUACUCCACACCACCUACAGCCGCUCCGCAUGCCGGAGUUCCCCGUCUUCGCAGAGGCAGUCGAGGUCGCUCUUGUUGAACACCACGGCGAGACUCUUCCCACCAGCCAGCUAUAUCGCAGGAUUUACAUCGAAUUCGCUGCACACGUCACUUGA